AUGGCUUUAAGCAGAGUGGGAAUGGGCUUUUUGGGCCUGUUCUUCAUGGCCUCCGCCAUCCUGCUCAUCUUCCUAACCCUGUUGGGCGGAGCUCGCAACUCCAACCCGCUGAACCGCAUCUACUUCUUGCAAGCCAACACGGCCAACAUCCCAGGCGCACCCCCGCUGUCACGCUGGACCUUCUGGGCGCUGUGCAGCGUCAAGAAUGGGUUAAAUGACUGCGGCACCUCGCACCCGGACUUCCCUCUCGACCCGCCAAGCCAUCGCAACUUUAAUACCACGGUUAACGUGCCGCACCAGUUCAUUGGAACCAACCACUACUUCCUCACAUCGCGGUUCAUGUUCCCCUUCAUUAUCAUCGGCCUGUUCUUCGCAACCCUGGCCCUCUUCACUGGCCUGCUGGCCUUGUGCACCCGCAUCGGCAGCUACAUCUCCGGCUUCCUGUCCUGGCUGGCCCUUACCUUCCAAGCCAUCACGACCUGUCUCAUGACGUAUGUCCCCUCUCUCCCUUCACAUGUCCUCUUCCGGUUAAUCCACGAUACUAACCAUUGGGUUAAAAGUGCCGUCUUCGUCCAAGGCCGGAACGCAUUCAACCGCAACGGCCAAACCGCGAAACUAGGCGUCAAGGCCUUCGCCUUCAUGUGGACCGCUACAGCCUGCCUGUUCCUGUCCUGUCUGCUCUACUGCCUAGGCGGUGCGGUGGGUCGUAAAGACGCCGGCUACAGUGGGCGUGAGCAGCGGCGUCGCGGGUUCUUUUCUUCGGCACGCUCGAACAGCGUGCGCAGUCAAAGCGGUGCUAAUAAGAAGGAGACUACUUCUUAUGCUUAG